AAUCGUAAGGGCCCUUUUUUCAAUGUGCCAAUCGAUUGCAUCCUCUAUGGAAGAGGGGACUUGCUUUGCUGCCCUUUAACCUCUCCCCCCCCCCCCCUCCUUCUUGGCCAUCAUCGGCGCAACACCAAACGUAGAGCUGGUGCUGCUGCUGCCCGGAGCGCGGCUUUGGCAAUGGCCUAGGAGGCUAUUUGGGCACCUGCUGGGGGCUGUUUCAUGGUGCCGUGGUGCGUGAUGCUGCGCGGAGUGUCCCUGUGCGCACGCCGCUAAGAUUGUUGCGACGUGACAAGAGCGGCAGCGGCCGCGGCGGCAGAGGAGGAAGAAGAAGAAGCCAGGGACGGGGAGCACGAUGAAGAUUUCAAGAAUCCUUCUGCUCUUCAUCCUCUGCUUUCUCAACGAGGGCGCAGUGGCGCAGGCGCCGUGCGGGAACACCCUGGACGAGCUGACGGGGGAGAUCGAGUCGGUGGGGCGGCCCGACGUGUACCCCAACAACGCCAACUGCGAGUGGCUCAUCCCGGUGACGGACGCGGACCGCGUGCGCGUGACGCUCACCAUGGUGGACGUGGAGCCGCACCCGCAGUGCAUCUUUGACAGGCUGGAGGUGCGCAUGGAGGGCACAAACACGUCCCAGCUGAUGUGCGGCAAUGACCUCUCGCGGUACAACCCCGUGACGGGACGGGGCCGCACCACGCUCACCUUCACCAGCGACGACUCCGUCACGGGCGAGGGGUGGGCCGCGCAGUAUGAGGUGUUCCUAGCGAACCCGCCAUGCAACUCAAACCCGUGCCAGUUCGGCGGCCAAUGCAGCAACCGGAUCGCGCGUUACAUCUGCACGUGCGUGGAGGGCACGCAGGGCCUCAACUGUGAAAUCAACCUGGACGACUGCAGCUCGCGCCCCUGUCAGAACGGCGGCACGUGUGAGGAUGGCAUCAACACGUACGACUGCGUGUGCGUACCGGGGUUCAUUGGGACCAACUGCGAGACUGACGUGGAUGAGUGCGCCUCCAGCCCGUGUCGUAACGGUGCUCGCUGCGACAACAACGUCAACGCCUACGCCUGCGAGUGCCUCCCCGGCUACGCGGGCACCAACUGCGAGACGGACAUCGACGAGUGCGCUUCGAGGCCGUGCCAGAACGGAGCGCGCUGCACCGAUGCCGUGGCCUCCUACUCCUGCGCGUGCCUCCUCGGAUUCUCCGGAGUGGACUGCGAGAUAGAUAUUGAUGAAUGUGCGUCAAGUCCGUGCUACAACGGAGGGCGCUGCUUGAACGAGGCCAAUCGCUGGAGGUGCGAAUGCUUGCCCGGAUUUCUGGGAGAUCAUUGUGAGACAGAUGUCGAUGAGUGCGCCUCGAGCCCGUGCCGGAACGGGGGCCGCUGCGUGGACAGCACCAACGAGUACUCCUGCCGCUGCCCCGCCGGAUACGCCGGGACCAAUUGUGAGAUCGAGAUCAACGAGUGCGACUCGGGGCCCUGCUGGAAUGGGGGCACCUGCAUCGACCAGAUCGGCUCCUACUCCUGCGUCUGCCUCGAAGGCUACUCUGGCCGAGCCUGCGAAACCAAUCUCAACGCAUCGGGCUCGGUGGCUCCCUGGGUGAUGGGAGCGCUCCUCUCCGGCCUCGCCAUCAUGGGCCUCACCUUCUCCCUCGUCAAGUCCGGAUACUUGGGAGCGAGGCAAUGGACAAUGACCAAGGUGCACCCUAUCGGCAACUCCACGGUGGCCACCGUGCGCGGCACGGCGGGGCCAUCGCCGGCAGCUGCUAAGAACGCGGCGCGCUCCAAGCCGAGGAGGUUUGGCGGGCCCCGGCUCCCCAGGUUCUUGCGCGCCAAGGAGGCCAGCGAGCAGUUUGAGAGCAGCGUCCCGCGCGGGGACGACCCAAGCCCGCUGCGCCCGCCCGGCAUCUACCAGACCCUGCAGAGGGAGAAGGCCUUCAUCAAGUAGCGGGCGGCCGCGGUGGUGGCGGCGGUGGCGGUAACAGUCGUGGGUGGCUGUGAAGUGAGCGGUGAAUGAAUUUGGCGGUUGUGACAUUGCUAGAGUCAGGAAGGAGCUGUGCAGAGUCUCGCGACUACUUUUCUUUUUAAAUGGUCGUGGGCAUAAGGGAUGGUCGAUUUCGCAAAUUUGUGAUUUAGUAAUGUUAGGCUUUCCGUGGUCGAUAUUAUGAUUCGUAAAUUAUCGCCCUAUUUUUGAGACACGGUUAUUGUGGAAUUCCUGGCUUUUUGCCGAAGAUGCUGGACGUAGUUUUCGAGCGGAAGGUUAUUCGUAGUGCGAAUCAAAUUAAAAUCGUAAAAAGAAAGAAAUCCAAAAAAGAAUUGUUUCAAAUGUCCACACCAACGAACGCCAGGGCGAGGUGGAUUUGAGGCACCCGUCCACACGUUCCGGUAUUUUAAUCUGUUCGAGGUGCAUUGCAAAAGUCUGUCCGUGAGAAUCGUUCUCCAACUUCACUCACGGUGAGUGAGCCGAAACAAAUAACGACAAUUUGUGGGAUAAAAUUCUCAUACUCGUGACAAUUGUAUUUGUUUCGGCUACGCCAGGUAGUGGAGGGUCUUGCGACACAAAUUUGGUCAACAAUUUGUUAUCGCGCCACGGUGGCGAGAUGUUAACUACCUCACCUGGUAUACAGGAGGUCUUGGGUUCGAUCCCGACCCUGACGCCUGCUAUAUAUUUGUAGUUUGCAUGUUCUCCCUCUGGUCGUGUGUAUUUUUCUCGAGAUCCUCCGGUUUUUCCCUCCACAUUUCGAAACACGCGUUUAGAGUUUUUAGCUGCGAUAAAUUUCCACACGAUAAGCCACUUCGUUGAGCUAUCACUUGUGGCCAGGUCGCUUCUGAAGAAAAGCUACAUAGCAGCUCAGUGGGCCUUACCUUGUAAAAUAAAAACUAGUUUCGUUUAUUAUUAAUCAGUUAUCUUAUAGUCAUUUCAAUGAUGAUGAUGCAUUUUACUUAGGAGAUCUUCAUCGAGUCUCAAGGUUAUCCAUUGGAUGUGCUCUGCUUUGGGCUGUUUUGCGAGUACUCUAAAGGACGAUGCAAUGCUAAAAUUAUAUAUGUAUAUACAGUAUACAAAUAUAAUAAUACUAAUAAAAUAUAUUUUAGAAAAAUACGAAUAACACAAAAGCCUUUUUCAGGAAAUGGCUCGGUAAUGUUAAACGUUUUUAGAGGUUAAAUAAUAUUUAAGACGUAAAAACUAUAUUAUUAAGCAUUGUGGAUAAUUUUUAUUCCAAAAUAAGUAACGCCUCCUUCCCAAGUCUGUUCUCCGAGAGUACAUUUCAGAAAGCCGCGUGGCCAAAUCAGACGUGUAAGAAAAUACUUACAUUUUUUGUCACGCGGCGAGACGGAUAUUGGAAAGACGCGUCUUGAUUGUUACGUGUUGGCGUAAGCCACGCAGCGCGUUCUUGUCUCAUUUUUGUAUCGGGUGACGAGGCCUCGUCUGCACCGCGUCGAAUCGAGCGUUACAGCACAGGUCUCGAAGAUCCAUACGCGGGACUUGGCUCGCACGACGAGGGAGGCGACGACGCCGGCUUGCUCUGGGGGGUACACGACGGCCGUGUCGAGGCAACGGGCCAGCGCCGCCGAGCUCCUGGGUUUGACCAUGGAUGUCAGCCGCUCGCGAUGCCCACCGGCUUUGCGAGCUGAGUUUGUCUCCGCCCCGUCACCAAUGAAUGCGCAAAACCCCAUCGAAGAAGCAAGCUUGUUUUUUUUUACGUAAUUCAGCUUUACCAAGCUUUGAGAGAUAAAGAUGAAAAAAAAAUAAUGCUGUACACCAGAUGAUUAGCAAGUGGUGGACGACCCUGUACGCUUCGUUUGGGCGAGAGGUGCCGAUGGAAGUGGCUGCUGCAGGAACGGCUCCUAUUAAAGCGGCCCCUAUUGCAGCGGAUCCUAUGAAAGCUGCCCUUGCUAGAGCAGAUCCUAUUGACGUGGCCCCUAUUCGAGCAGAUCCUAUAGGAUUCAUUCCGGGCCAACAGCCCACACUGCUGAUGACUUUCGAACCUGGCCUUGGGAAACCCCUUUCGCAACCCGCGUGGCAGAGUGUGGAAGUAAAAAAAUAAAAAAUAAAAAAGCAUGACUUAGAGGUGGGGAGAGGCCUUCAUCCAGCAGUGGAUUGAUAGAGUGAUGGACAUUAUUAUUAUCGCUGCUGCUGCUGCUGUUGUACAUUCGAUGCACUCAACGAUGGCAAGUCACAAUGAACACGGUCGACGAGAUGUCUUCCGAUGGGCGGACACGAAGAUGUAACACCGUUGUUAUGAUAGCGAGAAGGUCCGUUCAAAAGCCACCGGGAGAGAUCAACACAAUUGAACACACCUACGUCAGGUUAACCGCCCAUAUUUGUGUCGGCACGGCCAUUCCAAACGUUUAGCGGCCGUAUUUUUGGCGCCCCCGGUGUUUCUACCGAGACGUGGGUUUGGCACCAGCGCCGUGUCCGACGUUUCGCACCCGCGUGCAUUCCGGAGAGGGAGCUGCCAGAGCACGCGGUGCCGAAACGUUGGACGUGCCCGAACAACCCGGCCACGCCACGCGACCCAAACAUUAAAAAAACAUAAAACUAAAAUAAUAAUAAUCUAUCGACUCUUGAAGCCAAUCGUCCGGUAAUAGCCGUGUCACUCAAGUUCACGCUUCUCCGCUACGCCACUCACGUGCUGCUCAUUAUCCGCACGUUUUAUGACAUUUUGUGGAAAUUGUUGAGUAUUCUGUACAAUUAAGCUCAUACUUUGAGAGCCUUCUGCAAGCUCUGGCAUAGCGUCCGUAAAUGUCUUUCUUUCUCACUGAAUUAUUUUGAAAUUUAAUUUAUGUGCUCGCGAGUCCUAGCGCGUGCGGCACAAUCGCAAAUGUCCCUUACUGAAAACAGCGUGUGCUCGCUUAUUCUAAAUGCUUCCUUUACUCUACACGGAGAUAUACAUACACACAGUGAAACGCCUCUUUAUCUGACAAUUAGUCCAAUUUACGAAUCUAUCCACGGAUCCUCCUCCCGCCGUUUGCGCAUCCAUUCCGUUCACACGUUUGCGCACACUUCCGGGAAGAGCCGCAACAAAUUCACCCUCUCAUCCGUGCCCAGCCCGAAGUUUCGACCCAACCAAAUGAACCCAGAGGUUAUCUUCCAGAAUUGCGAUUGUUGUGGACACGUGCAGAUUCAUGUCAAUUGUAGCAUCCGUCAAACUCACCCCUGUUCAUUUAGGGUAAUCUUUCGAGGGGGUUGUUCUGAAACUUCGAGCGCUUUAAACAGGACCCUACGUUAACAAUGAGGAAAGUACAUGACAUGUCUUUUUGUUUUUUGGUAAUUGUAAAUAAAUGACCAAUGUUCCGGGUCUCAAAGGGAUGCUGGGGGAUUGAACCCCCCCUCGAUCCACCGCUGAUUGCCCCCGCCCCCCCCCCCCAUAAUAAGCGUGGGUAAGAGACGUUAACAGUACAUUUGUGGCUUGUUACAUCUUUCACUCGCCAUACAAAGGAAGAUGGCCCUACAUGAACAGGGGAGUUUAACCACUCUAGGCCCUACCCCUUGCGCCACGGUGGCUAGGAGAUGAUAACGACCUUGCCUGGUAUGCAGGAGGGUGCGGGUUCAACCCCGACCCCUGGAUUUCCCCGUGGCUGCAUGGACUUUUCUCUGGGUCCUCCAGUUUUUCCCUCACGUUUAGAAUCAACGUGUAUUUAGAGCUAUUGGCUGCGAUAAAUUUGCACGUAAUAAUAAUCCACGUCGUUGAGCGAUCAUUUGAGGCCAGGUCACUGUUGACAAAGAGCUAUAUAGCAGGUCAGUGGGCUUUACCUGGUGAAACAUAAAUCGUUUAGUUUACGUAUUUAGCUUGAUUAGCACCUCCAAUUAAGUAGUGGUUGGCUACGUACUGUGCAAAAGAAGUUCAAGACACAGUACAUACAAGGCCCCAUAAUCAACGUUUUUGGGUUUAGAUCGCGUUAUUUAUAAAUGUGUCGUAACCCUCCACCACCCGACACGGCCAAUCAGUAAAAAAGUGUCACGUUGACAAAAGACAAAUAGUUCACUGCUUUAGCCCACCGGUGUGUUGAAGCCACAACAUUUACAAAAACGUUGAUUAUGAAUAACAUUGGUCGCGAAAGCCUACGUGUUAUACAAGGCCCCAUUUGUCUCUUUCACUUUUGGCACCUUGUGCCUUUCCUAUUUGGGCCACGUCCCCUUAGUCUUUAGGCCCCGCCUCUUCCUGUGUAAGCCCCGCCCCGUCACCCUGCGGAUAUGGGGGUUGGGCUGUCACGAUACGUUGUCACUGCGAUUGGAUAUCACACUCUACAUUGUCACUGCGAUUGGAUAUCACACUCUAUAUAAGCCGGCUUGAGGAAAUAGACAUUUAGUGCCCUGUUGAGCAGUGUGCUUCUGACGGGUCCAGUAGUAAUUAAAAUGAGGUAUUUAUAUUAAAAAUGGGAAUUUUUUGACAAAAAAAAACACAGCAAUUCUCCAAGCAAUUUCUCGUUUCGUGAUUAAGGCAAAUAGUACCGACCCGCUGUGACAUUAU